UUUCAGAUCCGCCUUUCUCGUAUUUUAGAGCUCAGUUUAUAAAGUUUCAUGGUGUUCUUAUAAAAACAACAAGAAUAGGUUAAAACCAAAUCACCACCUGUAGAGAAAAGAAGCAGUUUAACAAAAACACCACCAUUUUUAGAUCUAACUUCACCAAUCUCCUCCUGACCACAUCUUUUUUUCUCUUCAUUUUUACUGUAUAAUCCAGUGAGAAACGAACAAGUUUAUCACUAGGGUUUCACUUCGCAAACAUCCUCCCUUUGGUUUUACACUUCAGAUACUCAGAUCUAAAAGCUCUACAGUGAUUUUCUCGUUUUACACCUGGAUCUACAUUUUAAACGAGCGAUUUCAUUUAUUUUGAUCAUUUUUUAGAGAUGGAGACGCUAGUUAUAGCUCAACAGAGAAGCCAGUAUUAUGGAGGAAGUAGUAGUAGAUCUCAUCAGGGAUCUUCAGAUGGGUUCGGUGGUUCUUCAUCUCCUUCUUCAAGUGGUUGUUUCGGAGGAAUUAAUUGCAGAACUUUUCAUCAAUCUGGUGGUGGUGUUGGUGGUUCAGCAGGUAUCUUACCGACUCCUUCUCCCUUCAAAUCAUUUAAUCCUGAUUUUCAUCAGUCUUUCUCAUCACCAAAAACACCCAAAUCUGUUAAAAAUCAUAAUUUUGAUGAGGAAACCAAAUUUACUUCUUCAUCUCCACCCCUUACUAUAAGUUGUAUCAAAGAUAGACAUUUUAGUAGUGAUGAUUUUACUUGUUGUUCAGAACUAUGGGCUGGUCCUGCUUAUUCUAACUCACCACCACCAAGUUCAUUACCUUUACCUAAAUUUUCACUUAGACCUAAACGUAGUGUUUCAUUACCUGUUUCUUCUUCUGAUGAAAAAAUUGAAAUGAUUCAUCAGUUUGCUAAGUCUGCACCACCUUCGCCUACCAGUGAAUCAGCAAAACUAGAUAAAAAUGAUAUCUUUCAGAGUAUUGAUUUUGCAACUAAAGAUCUUUGCCGUAUCCUUAAUUUGGAUAUUGGAAAGAGUGAUUGAUGAUUCUAAGUUUAGGUUACUUCUGUUGUAUAUAUAUCUUCUUUUUCAACUUUGAGUUAGUGGAGGUAAUUUUGUAUAUUGGGGAGAAUAGCUCGGUGGUGGUAAUGGUGGUUAGAUAUAGUCUAUAUUAGUAUGCAGUGUAAGGUGGUGGUCUGUAUAUCAAAUCUACGGUAGUUGUGGUGGUAGAAGAGCAGAAACGACAGAGUUUUAGAUGGUGGAUAUUAAACACGGUGGCUUGUAAAUUUAUGGGUUUGGAGAAGAUAAGUGAAGUACUGGGUAUAUGGAGUUUGAGUUUAAAUUGCAUUUGAGUAAUGGUUGGUUAAAUGAGAACUUGGAUAGUUGUAAGGUUUAUGCCUCUGGUUGAUCCAGCUCAAUCGUGAUAUUCUUUCUUUGAUGGUUGCUGGAGCCCUCAAUUCCCCAGGUUUUAGAAAUAUAUGGCUCUCUAAUUGGCGUGUUAAGGUCAGAAUUCAUAUACCAUGUAUAUUCUAUAGGUUAUGUAGGUUUUUCUUCAUUUCUCAUUUCCUGGUAGUCAUUCUAUUCCUUUUAGAUUUCCUAACUUCAAUCUCAUCCUUCUACAAACUAUUCAUAAUGUUCAGGUUAGAUGGCACAGAUAAGCUUCUCUACAAUAGUCUCUUUUCUAUUGCCUGUAUUGGCUGCUUAUAUCUCAUAUCUCCUAUUCCUCAACUAUACCUUUUCUUUUCUUUUCUUUUUUGCUAAUGUUUGACAUCUUCUAUCACACCUGCUUGGCAUUCACUUCCCUUUCCCCCCUUUUCUAGUUUUAAAGAGGGAAAAGUGGGGAGAGGGGAUCUUAAUAGUGUCCUGUUUUCUUCCCACCUUUUCUGGUUUCAAUAUAUAGUAUAGUCAAUAAUGUGCCAUCCUGUCAUAAGCCCCAUCACUUGUGUAUUUGUUCAAUUUAGUCCAGACCACUUGUUUUCUUAAGAAGGUGUUCAGUAAUUUCUUUCUACGCAUCUCAUCUCAUCAUGUCCAGUUCAGUUAGUGUUGCUCUUUCCAGUUCUCAUUUCGGUGGUGGUUUUAAUGGUUUUCAUUUUGGAGAUCACAGAUCACUCGCUCCUGUUCAGAAGGGCUGAUCCGUGGAUUGGAGAAAAGAAUCUUCAGGAGACAUUCCCUACUCUGAAAUAUGUUUUAUUUUGUUAUUUUUUUUAUAUGUUUUUGCAAGGAGAGACAAUGUGUAAAAUCCCUGGGUAGGUGGUGAAGCUUGUAUUGUCAGUGCUACGACUGUCUGGAUAUGCUCUUGCUCUCUCUUGCAUAGUACUAGUAUUUGUAGUUUUAAUGUUUCGGAUAUCUUGAACGAAUGUUGAUCUAUAGUUGACAAGACGAGGUAUUCAGUUCUCUUUAUAAGAAUCUAUUAAUCUUAAUUAUUCUGCGCGUUUAUUUGCA